AUGAUUCAACCUCAGACCUUUUUGAAUGUAGCGGACAACAGCGGAGCUCGAAAAUUGAUGUGUAUUCGAAUCAUAGGAGCUAGUAAUUACCGAUAUGCUCAUAUCGGUGACGUUAUUGUUGCUGUAAUCAAAGAAGCAGUGCCAAAUAUGCCCCUGGAAAGAUCAGAAGUAAUCAGAGCUGUAAUUGUACGUACAUGUAAAGAACUCAAGCGCGACAACGAAUAUGACAAACCUAUACCAAGAAUUGGUUCACGUAGAAAUAGCCGUAUUAGUUCACGUAAGAGUGGGUGUAGAACACCAAUAGGAGUUAUUCAUGUUCAAGCGAGUUUCAACAAUACUAUUGUUACUGUACAGACCCACAAGGUCGGGUCGUUUCUUGGUCUUCUGCGGGUACCUGUGGAUUCAAGGCACAAGAAGGGUACCCCAUUUGCUGCUCAAACCGCAGCAGGAAAUGCUAUUCGUGCGGUAGUAGACCAGGGUAUGCAACGAGCAGAAGUCAUGAUAAAGGGUCCCGGUCUCGGAGAGAUGCAGCAUUACGAGCGAUUCGUAGAAGUGGUAUACUAUUAA